CACCCACGCACAUACCUCAGAUCAGUUCAUUUACCCAUGUUUGCGGACAGUGCUCUAGUUUAGCGCUUCGUUUUACCAACACUUUUUUAUUUGCAAUCCUUAAAGUUUUGGCGAAUGUGCAAUUAUAAUCAAGAGGAAGACGCCUCGAUCACUAUACGAUAACGUUAACCCGAGAUCUUCAUAACAUCUCGUUCACGGUUUUACAAAAGUUUCAGAAGUGUUUGUGUAGUUUAAAAAUGACAGAGGCAGAAAUGUACUCUGUAUAUAAAGGGGUGUACGUCCCAGCCCAAAGGUACACUACUGAAAGUCUAAAAUAUCACGAGGACUUCACUUUCCGCCCAGAUGACAUCCUUAUCGUUACCUAUCCUAAAUCUGGUACGACAUGGACGCAGGAGAUCGUGCCUCUAAUAAUGAGUGAGGGAGAUUUCACUCCUGUACUGACUGUCCCAAACUGGGACAGAGUCCCAUGGCUGGAGGAACGUGGAGCGUUGGCUCUUAAUCUAGAGCAAAGACCCUCACCCCGCAUCUUUGCAACUCACUUGCAUCACCGAAUGAUGAACGAGUCUUUCUUCAAGAUAAAGCCAAGGGUUAUUUAUGUCUUGAGGAACCCGAAAGAUGUGUUCACAUCUGCUUUCCACUACUAUGGGAUAGCCACGUUCAUGGUGAAACCAGGAACACAAGAUGAGUUCAUGGAGAAAUUCCUUGAUGGGAAAGUCAUGUUUGGCUCUUGGUUCGAUCAUGUGAAAGGAUGGCUGAAUGCUGAGGAACCCAUACUGCAUCUUUUUUAUGAAGAGAUGAUAGCUGAUUUGAAAGGAUCUGUAGAAAAAAUCGCAAAAUUUCUUGGAAAAUCACUGAGCCAAGAAGUGAUCGAGAAAAUAGCUGACCACUGUGUCUUCAAAAACAUGAAGCAGAACAAGAUGUCCAACUUUUCUAUGGUUCCCGAAGAGAUCAUGGACCAAAAGAAAUCUGCAUUUUUGAGAAAAGGAGUUGCUGGUGACUGGAAGAAUCAUUUCACUGAGGCUCGAGAGCAGCGAUUUAAUGCUGUGUACAAAGACAAAAUGAAAGAUGUGAAAUUUAAAUUUAUGUGGGACUAAACUUAAUUAAUUUAAUCACUCUUACAUUAAAACUUUAUAGCCAGAUGAUUAUUGACAUUAUUAUUGCAACUGUAUAAACAUUAACUAACUUACUAACACUAAUGCUAAUUAGCAAAUGCAUUAAGUAAGGAAUAAUUGACGAUGGGCCAUUGAAAUAUAAGAAAGUAAUGCACACCCAAGGUGGUAAUGUGACACAAUGUUACAUUUUUGAGAAGUAAACUCUGAUUUAUGCACUUGGCAGACACAUUUACCCAAACCUGAUGCUAUUUGGUCUGAAGUUGUUUCGUCUGAUAACAUUUUAUUUGAGGCCCUUUCAUCAUUUGAACUUUGGUCUGAACCUGUAUGCUUUCCAGAGACUUUGGAAGUGAUUUUAAAUGUGUCUAAAGGUAAAUGUACUAAUAGUGGUAGAAUUCAUUGUAUACAGUGGCAGAUGUCUAGCAUACAUAUAUUUUUAAGGUUGGGAAUGAUUACAGUUAUAUUUUAUAUAAGAAUGUAUUAUUAUUUAUUAAUUCACUUUGAAUGAUUAAAACAUCAUAUUUGUUUA